CUUUCGGUGGAGACGCGCGCGCGUGUGCAGAAGUGAUUUCGAAGAAGAAAAAAGUCGUUUUUUUUGGAAGAUUGUUUGAAUUGAUAUUUAGAAUCCUCAGAGUGUGAAAAUCAUAGUUACCGCUCAAAAAAGUGAUUCAAAGCAAGUGAAACCACAAUUAUUUAUCCUCCAAGGACUCGUGCAAGAAAGAUUCCGAAAUUGGAUUCCCGAAGGAAGAAAACUCGUCCUGAUGUUCUGUCGAGUUCCGCCCUCAAGCGAAUGAAAUACCGAAACAGUUUGGGGCUGAUUGUGCAGAUUCAGUUCAGGACGUUCCUGCAAAUUAAAGAAAGUCCCCAUCGCAAGCGGGGAUUCGGCGGUGAUAAAGCAGCGUCCUCCAGAUUGGGACGAUCCGGGUGUCAGCAGAGUGCUGCUGAUUGGUGCUAGUUUUACUGUGAUAUUAAUUAGGAACAAUCGUAAAUUUAAUUCAAACUGACAAAACUGGGUGCGUACAGAAAUGUAAACUAUUCGCCUUCAGAACCAAUUGAAAAG